AGAGAGCAAGAGAGGUGAACAACAUUGCAAUAUGGGCAACGCGGGCAGCUCGUCUGUGCAUAUGCAUCGUGAGCGCCACAAGUCGACGGACCUCUCCACGCCAAGUUCUCCCGCACACUUUCGUGACAGCUUGGGAGCUGGAGCGGGGGCUGGCGGGGGUGGCGGCGCGGGCGCAGCAGCUCUGGUCGGCAUUGGAGCGGGCGGCGGUGGCGGCAGCGGCAGCGGCCAAGCUUUCUCGUUCGAUAAAAAACAUACGGCAGUCUUAAACGAGGGUUCGUCGCAAGAAGACGACGACGAGUAUUACACGAGAGCGGGAGCUAAGCGCACAACAGCUGUUGAUAACGAUUCAGCCGCAGCAGCAGCCGCAGCAGCAGCUGACAGAGAGAGCAUUAUGGAGGAGAACAACGAUGAUGACCAGGAACAGGCAACAGGAUCAAUGCUAGCGGGCAUCGACGACUCGGAACCAAUGAAAACGGCCCUGCCCACGGUCCUGCGCUGGGAUUAUGGUGGCAAAAAUGUAACCAUAUCGGGCACCUUCUCCAAAUGGAAGCCCAUACCGAUGGUGCGCAGUCACGGCAACUUUGUGACCAUCAUCGAUCUGCCCGAGGGCGACCACCAAUACAAGUUCUGUGUGGACGGCGAAUGGAAGCACGAUCCCAAGCUGAAAAGCGUGGAAACUGAUGAGGGCGAUAAGAAUAAUCUGGUGUCGGUGCGACCUUCAGAUUUUGAGGUGUUCCAAGCGCUGGCCAAGGACAGCGAGAAUGUGCCCAACUAUGCGGAAAAGGAGUACUCACAGGAUGUGCCACAGGUGAAGCCCUGGGAGAAGGUAUCCGGACCGCCCGUAUUGCCGCCGCAUCUGCUGCAGGUUAUACUCAACAAGGAUACGCCGCUAUCGUGCGAGCCCACAUUGUUGCCAGAGCCGAAUCAUGUCAUGUUGAACCAUUUGUACGCGCUCUCCAUCAAGGACGGCGUCAUGGUGCUCAGCGCCACGCAUCGCUACUGCAAGAAAUAUGUGACAACGUUGCUGUACAAGCCGAUUUAGGCCAACAUGCGCCAAUCCAAAUAUAAUUUUUUUAUAUAAUAUAUUAAAAGUACGUGUUUUUUAGCUAUAAACUGUUUUCAAGUGCUCGCUUUAUACGAUUUGUGGGUUAAGAGCCCAAAUACAUGCGCAUAUUCUUGUUAA